AUGGGACCGAACGGGACCGAGCGGGACCGAACGGGACCGAGCGGGACCGAGCGGGACCGAGCGGGACCGAACGGGACCGAGCGGGACCGAGCGGGACCGAGCGGGACCGAGCGGGACCGAACGGGACCGAGCAGCACGGCCCGCACUGACCGGCACCGUGCAGCACCGACCGGAACCGUCCGGCACAGACCAACAGCACGGCCGGGACCGAACGAGACCGAACCAACCAGCUCGGACCGGCACCGACCGGCACUGACCCACUGGCACCGGCAGGGACCCACCGGCUCAGAGCGACCCGAACCGUCCUGCUCUGCCCGGACCCGGCCGUGCGGGCAGGGGAAGCAGCGCAGGGCUCCCCGGGCGCCCACACAAGGGCCACAGCCCGCGCCAACCCUGCCCUUGUGCCGCUCUCUGCAGCUGGCAGAGCACAGGAGCCGAGUGCCGGACCACCUGCACCUGGCCGUGUCGUACGUGAGCAGCCCACAGGAGCCCCUGCGAGAGGCGGCCGUCAGGUUCAUCGGCAUGGCCGGCAGGUACCUGACUCAGCAGCAGCAGCACCAAGAGCUCCACAUCAUCUGGCGGGCCCUUCAGGACAUGGCACAGGACCCCAGCCCUGCCAUCUCAUGCCUGGCACUUCAAACAUUCCACAUCCUCUCAGCUGUGCACAACAUUCCCUCCUCCUAACUCCAGAGGAUGCAAAAUCAACACCAGCACCUCUGGAGGUCAUGGCCUUCCCUCUGUGCCUGCUUCUCCUGCUGCAGCGCACUGCACAACUGAUGCGGGAGGCUGCAUCUGCUGGAGCCACCUGCACCUACAGAGAACACCUCUCCUCUGACAGCUCUUCCUUCACACCACUUACAUUGUUAUAUUGUUAUACUGGUUUACUGUU